AUGAACUCGCUCUUCGCACGCCUGUCGCGCCCAUUCACAUCCUCCACCAUGCGCUUUGGACCCGAAGGACCCGGCGCAGUCUCUGUCCCUGAAGGCACCGAGAAGGCGACAGUAGCAGCCGGCUGCUUCUGGGGUGUGGAGCACAUGUACCGCCACCACUUCCCCAAGGACGCUGUUCUGGACGCACGAGUCGGCUACAUCGGUGGCGACACCCAGAGCCCCAGCUACCGCGCUGUCUGCACCGGAAGAACUGGCCACGCCGAAGCGCUCCAGAUCUACUACAACCCCGACAAGGUGUCAUACCAAAAGUUGCUCGAAUUCUUCUACCGCAUGCACGACCCCACGACCGAAGACCGUCAAGGACCCGACGUGGGCACACAAUACCGCAGCGGCAUUUUCACCCACAACGACAGCCAAGACAAGAUUGCCAGAGAAGUCACCAAGAAGGUGCAAGAGCAAUGGUGGAAGCAAGGCAAGAUUGCCACUGAGAUCUUGCCUGCCGGUGAGUGGUGGGACGCAGAGGACUACCACCAAAAGUACCUGGACAUCAACCCCGGCGGCUACGAGUGCCCAUCACACUUCUUGAGAAAGUUCCCCGACCUUGACUAG